CACUCCUAAGCAGAUAUGGGAAAGUACAGCUGGGCGUGCGGCGGGGGCUGUGGCCGGGCGGAAGUGACGGCCGCUCUUCACCUGCUGGGCUCUGAGGGGGGACCGAGGAGGGCGGCGCGAGGCGGAGCGUGUCCGUUGGGGAAAUUCACUCGCGAGUUGUUGGCAUCUCCCUGGCUGUCGUCGGUUGCUGUCCCCGCCAUGGAGUCGCUGCUGCUGCCGCCGCCGCACUUGCUGUGGACUCUCCUGUUCCUGUGUUCAGAUCUAACGAAGAGUGUAAUAAUAACUUCAACUGAUCAGACUCAGGUAACACAGGCUCAAGGAGAGAAAGCUCGGUUGCAGUGUACUUUUACUCUUGAACAAAGAGAUCAAGGCUCACUUGACAUUGAAUGGAAUUUAUUGGGACCAAAUGAAGAAAAACCAGUAAUCUUGUACAACAGAGACACCGUCUAUGAUGACUAUCAUUUGUCUGGACGAGUACAAUUUGUUAAUCCAAGUCCAGCUUCUGGAGAUGCUAGCAUUGAAAUCCUGAACUUAAAGCCAGCUGACUCUGGCAAAUACCAGUGUAAAGUGAAUAAGCUUCCUAGUAUUCAGAGCCAUAGAGUCCAACUAACUGUACUUGAAAAGCCUGCGAAGACUAAAUGCUACGUUGAAGGAUCACAGGAGAUUGGAAGGGAUCUUACGCUUAAAUGUGAAUCCCAAGGCUCUGCAAUUAUAAACUACCUUUGGACAAAAACCUCUGGUACAGACGAACUUCCAACCACAUUAUCAAGUACAGGUGAUCUUUCAUUGAAAAAUGCUUCUCAGGUUCACUCUGGCACAUACAAAUGUUCGGCUUCAAAUAGAGUUGGCACAGAUGAAUGCAUACUUUUGCUGAAUAUCACCCCUCCUAUGAACAGAGCGGGUACAAUUGCUGGAGCUGUCAUAGGGACUCUUCUGGCUCUCUCGUUACUGGCUUUUUUCAUCUUCUGUUGCUGCAAAAAACAAAGGGAGAAAAAAUAUGAAAAAGAAGUACAUCAUGAUAUCAGAGAGGAUGUUCCCCCUCCAAAGAGUCGUGCUUCAACAGCCCGGAGCUAUAUAGGGAGUAAUCGUUCAUCUCUGGGAUCAAUGUCUCCUUCCAAUAUGGAUGGGUAUGCCAAGACUCAAUACAACAAAGUACCGAGUGAAGACUUUGAACGACCUUCUCAAAAUCCGACCUUUGAACCACCAAAGUAUGACAACGCAUGCAGGAUGGGUGACAUAACAGUGGUAUAAACUUGAAGAAACAGAAUUUAUAUCAUGAAUUUCAAGUACGGAGCAAAUGAAGUACUGUAUGUUUUGUUAUUGUCUUUUAGAGUCUACAGACAAGUUGGUAAAGUAGACUAAAGUUAUUAUAGGUAGUGUUUUGCCUCCCAAAUGUUUACAAAUGUAUUAUUUUAACUAUUUCUUCCUUUGAAAAAAUACUAGAUAUGAAAAUGUGUGAAGGUAGUAUCAGCACUGGCUAGAUAUGCAAAUUCAGAAGAUUAAACCACAUAAUGAAUAAUGUAGCUUGCAGUUUUGGUGCUCAAUUAAUUAAAUGGAAUUGCAUUCAAGGUAUAAUUUCAAGUUACACUUAGCAAUGAAUUAGUAUGUUUGAAACAAUGUGUGCCUUUCAUACUGCAUAGUUUGGUGCUGUCUUUUUAAUUUUAUGAAAAUGAUUUUUGAUAUAAACAUGACUUUUUUUAAAAAAAAAAAGCCUUCUAAAUCUUACAGAACUUAAUAAAAUUUUAUAUGACGAUACAGUAAGUUA